AUGCCGAACGUCAAACCAAUUCUUCCUCCUCUCAAAACACCUAAGAGUGCAAGCUUUCCAUCGGAACUCCACGAUGGCUCCGUCUCCAGUAUAUCCUCCUCUUCAAUCAAACAAGAGGAUUCGGACACUCCAAUUACACCGCACUCGUCCAUCCAGCUCCCAAAGGUUUACGCAGAAUUCUUGGAAGCCUUCACGCCCGUCUUUAGCCCCGUUAGUGCCGGAGGCACCCACAGGUUCCAGUUCGAACCGAAGAAUGCGUCUCCAACUUCUCAGCCUGCGAGCUCAUUGAGCAGCUCGUUCAAAUUCAGCCCUUCAACGCAAUCACCAACUAUAUCGCUCCCACCACCGACACCCGGAUCUGCGGUAUCUUCGAGAAGGGGUUUUCCAUUUCCCCGUCGUCUUCGCAUCCCCACAUCGGCGAUGUACUCGCCCACUACUGACUCACCAACAAGCGCGACCCCCCUUCAUACGCCCUUAUCAGCUUAUGAUUGGAAGCAACGUUAUAAUGAAGCUCCACGCAGUGCCACAGGGAAACUAGUCAGUGUCAAGCAAGUUAUCACCCGCACUGUGACGUAUAAGCGCACUCAGCUUGAUGCCCCACCGAAGGGAAAGCGUCGCAAGUGCCGAGAUACCCAUGAUACCAAAGAGGUCAAAGAGCCUAAAGAGCCCAAAGAGCCCAAACUCAUCCAGGAGCCCAAAGAAGUCUAG